UGGCCCCCGCCCCCCUUGCCCCUACCCAGCCUGUAGUAGUUGCCCGGCGUGCGCCCGCGGAGACCGGGAACAUGGCGCUCCGAGCGAUGUAGCAGCCGCGGAGGGGAAGCGGAGGAGGCGCCGCCGCUGCGCUGACAGCCAGCCGCCAGAAAUAUACUGUGGCAAAAUGCUUCCACCUCUUGCCAAAAUGAACACUGAAGAAAAAUGAAGAGCACUGAAGAACUCCGACAAAAAGUUGCAGGACAGAAAUAGCCAAACUCCUCUGGAGUCUGAUUCAUCCACAGCCAUCAAAAAAAGGUUUGCAUCAUGUUUGGAAAGAAAAAGAAAAAGAUUGAAAUAUCUGGUCCCUCCAACUUUGAACACAGGGUGCACACCGGGUUUGAUCCACAAGAACAGAAGUUCACGGGCCUCCCCCAGCAGUGGCACAGCCUCUUAGCGGACACGGCCAACAGGCCGAAGCCCAUGGUGGACCCUUCCUGCAUCACACCCAUCCAGCUGGCGCCCAUGAAGACAAUCGUUAGAGGAACUAAACCAUGCAAGGAAACCUCCAUCAACGGCCUGCUAGAGGACUUUGACAACAUCUCCGUGACUCGCUCCAACUCCCUAAGGAAGGAAAGCCCGCCUACCCCAGACCAGGGAGCCUCCAGCCACGGUCAAGGCCAUCGGGAAGAAAAUGGCUUCAUCACCUUCUCACAGUAUUCCAGCGAAUCUGAUACCACUGCUGACUACACAACCGAGAAGUAUCGAGAAAAGAGUCUAUAUGGCGAUGACCUGGAUCCAUUUUACAAGAGCAGCCACGUGGCCAAGCAAAAUGGGCAUGUUACCAAGACCAAACACGGGGAGGCCCACUAUCCUGAGAUGAAGCCUUGGAAAUCCGAUCUCGCCAGAUUUCCCCUUGAUUAUCACGCACACUUGGACUCACUGAGCAAACCAAGUGAAUACGGCGACCUCAAGUGGGAGUAUCAGAGAGCCUCAAGCAGUUCCCCUCUAGAUUACCCAUUCCAGUUCACGCCUUCUAGAACUGCGGGGACCAGUGGGUUCUCCAAGGAGAGCCUGGCGUUCAGCGAAAGCGAGUGGGGACCCAGCCUGGAUGACUAUGAUAGGAGGCCAAAGUCGUCCUACCUGCAUCAGACCAGCCCUCAGCCCACCAUGCGGCAGAGGUCCAGGUCAGGCUCAGGGCUCCAGGAACCCAUGAUGCCCUUCGGAGGAAGUGCAUUUAAAACACACCCCCAAGGACACUCAUACAACUCCUACACCUACCCUCGCUUGUCCGAGCCCACAAUGUGCAUUCCAAAGGUGGAUUACGAUCGAGCACAGAUGGUCCUCAGCCCUCCGCUGUCAGGGUCUGACACCUACCCCAGGGGCCCCGCCAAACUACCUCAAAGUCAAAGCAAAGCAGGCUAUUCCUCAAGCAGCCACCAGUACCCAUCUGGGUACCACAAGGCCACCCUGUACCACCACCCCUCCCUGCAGACCAGUUCCCAGUACAUCUCCACGGCUUCUUACCUGAGCUCCCUGAGUAUCUCAUCCAGCACCUAUCCCCCACCCAGCUGGGGCUCCUCUUCAGACCAGCAGCCCUCCAGGGUGUCCCACGAACAGUUUCGGGCUGCUCUACAGCUGGUGGUCAGCCCAGGAGACCCCAGGGAAUAUUUGGACAACUUUAUCAAGAUUGGAGAAGGGUCCACCGGCAUCGUGUGCAUCGCAACCGAGAAACAUACAGGGAAACAAGUCGCCGUGAAGAAGAUGGACCUCCGGAAGCAACAGAGGCGAGAACUACUUUUUAAUGAGGUUGUGAUAAUGCGGGAUUACCACCAUGACAACGUGGUUGACAUGUACAACAGCUACCUUGUCGGCGAUGAGCUCUGGGUGGUCAUGGAAUUUCUAGAAGGUGGUGCCUUGACAGACAUUGUCACUCAUACCAGAAUGAAUGAAGAACAGAUAGCUACCGUCUGUCUAUCGGUUCUAAGAGCUCUCUCCUACCUUCACAAUCAAGGAGUGAUUCACAGGGACAUAAAGAGUGACUCCAUCCUCCUGACAAGUGAUGGCCGGAUAAAGUUAUCGGACUUUGGUUUUUGUGCUCAAGUUUCUAAAGAGGUGCCCAAGAGGAAAUCACUGGUUGGCACUCCCUACUGGAUGGCACCCGAGGUGAUUUCUAGGCUACCUUAUGGGACAGAGGUAGAUAUCUGGUCCCUCGGGAUCAUGGUGAUAGAAAUGAUAGAUGGCGAACCGCCCUACUUCAAUGAGCCUCCCCUCCAGGCCAUGCGGAGGAUUCGGGACAGUUUACCUCCAAGAGUGAAGGACCUACACAAGGUUUCUUCAGUGCUCCGGGGAUUCCUAGACCUGAUGCUGGUGAGGGAACCCUCCCAAAGAGCCACAGCCCAGGAACUCCUUGGACAUCCAUUCUUGAAACUGGCAGGUCCGCCAUCUUGCAUCGUUCCCCUUAUGAGACAAUACAGACAUCACUGAGUAGAGGAUUCUACUGGUGGAAUCAAGGUGGAAGAGCUAGAUGAGGACAUGACAAUAAUUCAGGAGAACAUGAGGAACAUGAAAAAGGCCUGUGUACUCGAACCAGCUGAUCGGUGGGACAAUGUGAUGACAGGCAGGGUUCAACAGACCAGGGCAUCUUCUUGUGUCUUAAAACAGGCAUCUCUCCACUGACAGCUGGCGUGGUCAUUUGGAACACGGCUUUAAUAGUCAUUAUUAUAUUUUUCAGCCCUUCAUCCAGCAAAUCAGAAGGACUCAGUACAAACUCCGUUACGACAUAUCCUAGCUACAUGCAGGGUAAUGCAUAGGAUUUUCUAUAUUGAAAGAAUAAUUUUCUGGCAAAAAAAAAAAA